UGACAAGUUCCGCUGCAUUGAAACCCGGAAAAGGCUACUUUCGGUUGCGUACAAUAAAUGUUAUUGAUUAAUCAUGAUCACCAGAUUCUACUUCAUCUGUGUGUCUGCACUGCUGAUACAGAAAGUCUCUCUGCAGGUCACAGUAGAUGGUUUCAUCGGUGGUUCUGUUCUCCUGCCGUGUUCUUCAUCUAAACAUGAUCUUAAACUUCAAGACAUUAAUGUGCACUGGAGACACAAUGACAGCAAACUUGUGUUUGAUAUAAUCAAGGGUGAAGAUUCAGUAGAGCAACAGGAUCCACGAUACAAGAACAGAGUUAAACCUUUUUCUGAAGAGUAUAAGAGAGGAAACUUCUCCAUCAGACUCACUGAUCUCAAUCACACUGAUGCAGGAAGAUACACCUGUUUCAUACCACACUCAUCUGAAUAUAAGACUGUGGAGCUGAUCAUCAAAGAGCCAACAACAGGAAGUGGACCUAUACCAGCUGAUCAAGAAACCCAAAAACCAGGAACAGAUGGGGUCACAUCGCCGUCUUUGCUCUGGGUUUACAUCACAGUACCUGUAGUAAUAUUAAUAUUGAUAAUGAUGAUAGUCUGUUUCCUCUAUAGAAAUACAAUUAAAGAUGCUUUAUUCUCUCCUGUCACGACUGAAAAUAAAGAACCGACAGAAAUAAAUGUGUAAAAGUUUCAAAAGUAAUUGUUACAGCUUUCAGUGUUUCAUUCUGGUGUCAGAGACUGUUUUGUGCUCUUAUUUUCUUGCUGUUUGCACCGCGUUGCUCUUAUUGUAUAACAGAAUGAAACGGGGACUUUCUUUAACAUUGAUGGAUGACUGAUUCUGAUAAUGUGCUAGUGCCUUAACAAUUUUGUUUCUGUACCACAAGUUUUCUUUUCUUUGUUGUGUUUGCAUUUUGCAUUAUCUAUAAUUAUUUAA